GACGUUUGAUAUGACUGGAGUGCUAAGAACAAACAAGUUUUCAAAUCUUUCCCUUUCAUUAAAUACUUUUUUGGGGUUUCUUUCUUCAACUUGUAAAUAUAUAUGAAAUAAUAAGAAUCGCUAAUGCAGAAACCUUCUUUCUUGCAGGACUUAAUUUGGAUUCUCAAAUCAGUCCCAAAUAAGAGAUCAACGAAAGGGUUUUUGCAAAAGUACGCUCCUGUCCGGUUUGAUAAUGUCUCUUCUAAAUUAAUAGAAAAUAAACUAUCAUAUGGCCUACAGAAGCGUGUAGCAAUUGCAAAAAUUGCUGAUGUAGACUCGCUCAACGAUGAAACUUUGUUUGGCAUUGGUAGAAGCAUUUAUGGACUUACCCGCCUUGGUAUACAUUCUAUAAUUGUUCCUACUGGACCUGAUUUAGGUAUCACUGCCAAAUUCAGACUACCGGAAAAAGAGCAAUCACAGUGGACCAUGCUCAGCUCCCUUUAUUCUCAACAGAAACGGGUUAUGCGUGUUUCUGAUAUCUUAUCCAAGGCUGGAGUAUUAACAAAACCAGUAUAUUCUUCCAUUUGCCAAUUAGGUCCGGAUGGCGCCUACCUAGAAAAUACUGAUUCCGUCUAUCGUUCGCUAACAUCUGAUUGUACACCAAUUAUUCCAAGCAGCGUAUUUAUGCAGAAUCUGAAGGAGAUUAGCAUAGAUGGAGAUGAAAUUAUUUAUGGUCUCGCAAAAUGUUUACACAAGCCACAAGAUGGUUGCGCGGUCGAUCGACUAAUUAUUCUAGAUAAAGUGGGCGGUAUGCCUUGUGCUCAACGUCCGCAAGGAUCAAGCCAUGUGUUAAUUAAUCUUUCUCAAGAAUACGAAGGAUUAAGGAAAUCACUACCGAAGCACCACAUGAAAAACUUAUUUUUGGCUCAACGGUGUCUGAAAGUGUUAUCCAAGGAAGCCUCUGCCAUUGUUACUACCCCAGCUGAAGCAAUGUUGACGAAUUCUUCAAUGGAUCGAAACCCAUUGAUUCACAAUGUUUUAACAGAAAGAUCCAUUUUCUCUUGCUCUUUACCUAGAGAUAGGUCGCCAGUUACGAAGACUACUUUACUUCGACGGGGUGUUGCGGUAUAUACAUACAUGGGAGUUGACUGUAUUACUGAUGAGUCUAUUUCCUGGGAAAGGGUUUGGAUGUUGAUUAAUGAUUCUUUUAGUCGCACUUUGGAUAUGGAAGCCUAUUUGCAGCGUUUGAAAGAUUCCCUUGCUGCAAUCAUCAUUGCUGGUGAUUACGCUGGUAUUGCCGUUGUUACAUACGAAAAAGCUCAAAAAGGAAAAGAAAAAAUCCCCUAUCUUGAUAAAUUGGCUGUAUCGAAAAGCGCGCAAGGCUCUGCUGCUAUAUCCGAUGUCCUGUUCAACGCGAUGGUAGAACUAUAUCCUAAGGAAUUGAUUUGGAGGUCUAGGUUGGAUAACCCUGUGAACAAGUGGUACUUUGAAAGGAGCGUUGGCUCUUUGAAAUCACCAAAAACGCCUUGGAGAUUAUUUUGGACCGGGGAUACCCAAGUAAAAAGCCUUGAUCACGUCGGUGAUUAUUUAAGUAUUAUAGAUCGAAUUCAGCCGACUUGGUUAAAUGACUAACUUUGUUUUGAUUGAGUGUUGAAUUCGAAGAACAACUUUUUUUGCUACAAUGGACUUUCAGAGAUUUGGAGUAAUUAAUAUGAAUAUAUAUUUUAAGCUACGUCUUUUAAAUAUGUUCUAUUGAAUGGUUUCUAGACUUAAAUUUCGCAUGCUCUCGGAAGGUAU